AAGAGGGUGAGAGUACGUGUGGAAGUCUCCUCUUCAUGUAACCAUGGUUUGACCGUGUGAGACUGCAGGAUUAUGGCGCACAAAGGAGAGGUUGCCAGUUGGAGAGGAUUGGUAAAAGCUUGGUGUGUGUAAAAGCAGAUAUCUCUGUGAAGGAAACCCUUGACCAGCACGCUGCUUAUCACUGGAGAUACUUUGGUGAAGACGAGUGUGACAACAUGGGAUCAUCAACUCUAGGAAAGGAAGCAUCUCUUGAGGCCCUCCUAUAUGAAUGCAUCCAUGCAUUUCAUGACAAUGGAGAGCUAGAGGCUAAUUUGCCUCGCAUGCUACUACUAAUGCAUCGCUGGUAUGUUGUAUCUUCUGAACUGGCUGGAAAACUACUGAUGAUGUACCGUGAGUGCAAAGAUGACGACUGCCAGCUAACCAGACUGAAGAUUUGUUAUUUAAUGAGAUACUGGAUAGUGACGUUCCCUGCAGAGUUCAACCUGGAUUUGGGUCUGAUCAGGAUCACAGAGGAGUUCCGAGAAGUGGCUGCAAAGCUCAGCUGUGAGGAGCAUUUUAAACUCAUUGAUAUCUCCACCAUUCCUUCGUACGACUGGAUGCGUAAGGUGACCCAGCGUAAAAAACAGAUGAAGAAAGGCAAAGCUUCUCUGCUGUUUGACCACCUUAAGCCCAUUGAGCUGGCUGAACACCUGACUUUCCUGGAGUUCAAAUCCUUCAGGAGGAUAUCGUUCCCUGAUUACAAGAGUUAUGUGGUCCAUGGCUGCCUGGUUGACAACCCAACACUGGAACGUUCCAUUGCUCUGUUCAACGGCGUUUCACAGUGGGUCCAACUCAUGGUCCUGAGCAAGCUAACACCUCCAACCAGAGCAGAAGUCAUCACUAAAUACAUUCAUGUGGCUCAGAAACUUCGGCAGCUGCAGAACUUCAACACUUUAAUGGCGGUGGUAGGAGGGCUGAGCCACAGCUCCAUUUCUCGACUGAAGGAGACUCAGUCUCAUCUCUCUGCAGACGUGGUGAAGAUGUGGCGCGAGAUGACAGAACUGGUGUCGUACAACAACAACUAUUCCUGCUACCGCAAGGCCUUCAGCGAAUGCCACGGCUUUAAGAUCCCAAUCCUGGGCGUGCACCUAAAGGACCUCAUCGCUGUGCAUGUGGUGUUUCCUGACUGGGCGGAAGACAGCAAUAAGGUGAACCUGGUGAAGAUGCAACAGCUCUACGUGACUUUUAACGAGCUGGUGUCUUUGCAAAGCGCAGUGGCCCAAGUGGAGCCCAACAUGGACCUCAUCUACCUGUUAACGCUUUCUUUAGACCUAUACUACACAGAAGACGAGAUUUAUGAGUUGUCGUUGCUAAGAGAACCACGGAACCCUAAAUCACUGCCAACCUCUCCAACAACUCCCAACAAGAACCUUGUGCCCUUGGACUGGGCCUUGGGUGUCACGACCAAACCAGACCCCUCCCUGGUCAAUAAACACAUCAGGAAGGUGGUUGAUUCUGUCUUCAGAAAUUAUGACCCCGACCACGAUGGGUAUAUUUCUCAAGAGGACUUUGAGAAUGUUGCUGCUAACUUUCCCUUCCUGGACUCCUUCUGCGUCUUUGACCAAGAUCAAGAUGGACUGAUCAGUAAAGAUGAAAUGAUUGCUUAUUUCCUUCGAGCAAACCCGUUGCUGCAGAGUAAAAUGGGUCCAGGAUUCGUCCAUAACUUCCAGGAGAUUACAUUUCUGAAACCAACCUUCUGUGAACAUUGCACUGGAUUUCUCUGGGGGCUCCUCAAACAAGGCUACAAGUGCAAAGACUGUGGCGUCAACUGCCAUAAACAGUGCAGGGAGCUGCUAGUUCUGGCUUGCAGGAAGCUGCUGCGUUCUGGUUCUUUGGGAUGUGUGACCCCUGACAGACGGACACACAGUUCACUGCCCAGCAGCCCCUCGCUGCACACCGAUACCGACAAGGACGAGGUGUUCGAGUUCCCUAGUGUCACAUCAGCAAAUCCGACUCAGGGUACCAAAAGCAUCACCCUGAUGACCAGCUCGGCCCAGAGGAUCUCCGUCCGUCUGCAGAGGGCCACCAUCAGCCAAGCCACUCAGACUGAACCUGUGUGGUCUGAACACGGUUGGGGGGCCACCAACGUUGGCUCCCACACCUUUCCCAAAACGAAACACCGGACUCCCAGAGAGAACUACAAAAACAAAACGUUUGCCUUGUGGGAAAACCUGGAAGACAAGAAGCGGCGGACAGUUUUGGUACAAUGCAGCGGCCACUCUCAGAAUACGACUGGUGGAGAGAUCACAGAUCGCAGGAUCACACGAAGAGGGAAGGACAGCUGACUUGGUAGCAGAGGUGAACACCACUCUGAGGGGUCCAGAAAGCCACUAUCGACUUCGACCAAGAAGUUCUUCUGUCUGGGAAGGUGCUGGGCUGUUUGAGCAACACAGAACUAUGUCAACUAGACCACGUCUGCUUAGGUCCGCGACAUGCGCUUUGGUAAACUAAAGUGGAAUAGGAUACACACGGUAUUUCUGACCUGAGAACCGGAGGAAGAUGGAUCUUGAUUGGGAAUCACCUUCACAACAAUAUCAACAUUAUGAAAUAGUGUGUCCUUACCUCACUUUUGGAUGACAUAUUUGCGUAUGAAGUAAACACGGAAAAACGUGUGAAUGCUGAAAAGGUUAAACCGAACUGAAAUGCUAGCGGUUAGCAUGCGUCAAGUAUGAGAAGAUGAGACUGAGGUGAAAGUUAGCUAAAAAAGCUAGCACGCUGCUAAUAUUAGCAGAUACAGUUAGCAUGUUAAUAGUUAAAAUGACUUUUGUCUGCUAAUUUAGCUAUAAAAAAAAAAAAGGAAUGUAGCUAACAUUAGCAGAACAUGCUACCGUUAGCAUGCAUUAAGUAGAAAAAGAUAUGACGCUGAGGUGUUUACCAGCAAAUUUAGCUAAAAGAAAGUUUGCAUUCUAGCUUUUUGCAUUGGACUAACAUUAGCAUAGAGCAUUUUGAUUUUGGAAUUUUUCAAAUUGGUUGAGAACUGUGGAAGCAGUAAGUACUUUUAAAAGAGAAUAACUUAACGAUUGAUUGAUACAUCCAUAGACCGAUUUAUAUUGCUACAUUUGAAGUAUAUCGAUCUGUACUCAGCAAGUUUGCCUUCCGUAAGAUAGGUAUCCAUCCAAUACCGUUUUAAAAGGGAAUUGAUCCAUUUAUCGAUACUCUAAAAAGGAAAACAUUUGAUUUAAGAACGGAAAACUUUAUAUGAAGUUUAGCACUCUAAAAAAUAAGGACGUACCGUAUUUUUAUGAGUAUAAGUCGCUCCGGAGUAUAAGUCGCACCGGCCGAAAAUGUAUAAUAAAGAAGAAAAAAAACAUAUACAGUAUAAGUCGCACAGGAGUAUAAGUCGCAUUUUUGGGGGAGAUUUAUUUGAGAAAACCCAACACCAAGAAUAGACAUUUGAAAGGCAAUUUAAAAUAAAUAAAGAAUAGUGAACAACAGGCUGAAUAAGUGUACGUUAUAUGACGCAUAAAUAACCAACUGAGAACGUGCCUGGUAUGUUAACGUAACAUAUUAUAGUAAGAGUCAUUCAAAUAACUAUAACAUUUAUAACAUGCUAUACGUUUACCAAACAAUCUGUCACUCCUAAUCGCUAAAUCCCAUGAAAUCUUAUACGCCUAGUCUCUUACGUGAAGGAGCUAAAUAAUAUUAUUUGAUAUUUUUCGGUAAUGUGUUAAUAUUUUCACACAUAAGUCGCUCCUGAGUAUAAGUCUUCACCCCCCACCAAACGAUGAAAAAAACGGCGACUUAUAGUCCGAAAAAUACGGUAAACGUUAAGUCUAUUUACCCGUCUGUAACGUUCAUCAAAACAAAAAUGGCGGGUAGCCACGGUGGUCGAGAACGGUCAUAAUAAACGCCACAAGAUAACAUUAAUUACGACAUAAAAACAUUCAGCUACAACAAAAGCCACAACGAAUACAAAUGACACAACACAAUAAUAUAACUUUAAAGGGUAACUGAACUUUUUUCUGACUGUUGCCUAACUUUGUUUUUGAUGACAGUUUACAAAUAUUAAUGCUGAUAUUAAAUAGCAGACAGCAUCAAUAAAUUAUCUUAGAUUGCACUACGAACAUGACGCUACUACCAUGUAUCGGGGUGGAUGCAGGUCCGAAGCAAAGAAAGACCAAAGGAAGAGUUUUUUCAAAGGAAUUUUCGGACGGGGAAUCAUAAAAACUAAACUUUUGAAUGUCUUGGAGUUAAUUUAACAGGCUCUGUGGAUUGAUAGGAGUGUUAAAUCCGAAGAACCGUACGUGCCCCAAAUGAAGUUUGCAAUGUUCUGGACUAUCUUGCCAGUUGUGUGGAAUACAGAGUUAUUGUUAAUCAGUAGGGAGUGCACAAAUGCAGCGUGAAGAGGUUUGUGUAUAUUAUGCCAUUAAUAUACCUGCUUUAUAAUCGUAACAUCUCAUUCUGGAGUCCGAAUUAAGCCGGCAUUUUACAAACCCCGUUUCCAUAUGAGUUGGGAAAUUGUGUUAGAUGUAAAUAUAAAUGGAAUGCAAUGACUUGCAAAUCAUUUUCAACCCAUAUUCAAUUGAAUGCACUACAAAGACAACAUAUUUGAUGUUCAAACUCAUAAACUUUAUUUUUCUUUUGCAAAUAAUAAUUAACUUAGAAUUUCAUGGCUGCAACACGUGCCAAAGUAGUUGGGAAAGGGCAUGUGUUACAUGGCCUUUCCUUUUAACAACACUCAGUAAACGUUUGGGAACUGAGGAGACACAUUUUUUAAGCUUUUUAGGUGGAAUUAUUUCCCAUUCUUGCUUGAUGUACAGCUUAAGUUGUUCAACAGUCCGGGGGUCUCCGUUGUGGUAUUUUAGGCUUCAUAAUGCGCCACACAUUUUCAAUGGGAGACAGGUCUGGACUACAGGCAGGUCAGUCUAGUACCCGCACUCUUUUACUAUGAAGCCACGUUGAUGUAACACGUGGCUUGGCAUUGUCUUGCUGAAAUAAGCAGGGGCGUCCAUGUUAACGUUGCUUGGAUGGCAACAUAUGUUGCUCCAAAACCUGUAUGUACCUUUCAGCAUUAAUGGCGCCUUCACAGAUGUGUAAGUUACCCAUGUCUUGGGCACUAAUACACCCCCAUACCAUCACAGAUACUGGCUUUUCAACUUUGCGCCUAUAACAAUCCGGAUGGUUCUUUUCCUCUUUGAUCCGGAGGACACGGCGUCCACAGUUUCCAAAAACAAUUUGAAAUGUGGACUCGACAGACCACAGAACACUUUCCCACUUUGUAUCAGUCCAUCUUAGAUGAGCUCAGGCCCAGCGAAGCCGACGGCGUUUCUGGGUGUUGUUGAUAAACGGUUUUUGCCUUGCAUAGGAGAGUUUUAACUUGCACUUACAGAUGUAGCGACCAACUGUAGUUACUGACAGCGGGUUUCUGAAGUGUUCCUAAGACUGGUGCACUCGUGAUACGAAGGGUCCUCUCCGGCCGCACACCCCCCUUCAAGAGAUCUGGUUUCCAAUUGCAUUAUCCAGGUGUGUUAGUCUGACUUUUCAAAAACCGAACACGGUCAGAUUAAGGUGUUUCCAUGGGCUGUAGGAGGCUUGUUUAGAGCCAAACUAUUUGAGAAAUCAUACUAAUUUAAUGCAUGGACACGUACUGACUGAGAAACUUUGGGAGGGACUGCAGAUUUGGGACUUAAAUGCUUCUACUGAGGUAGCAUUUCCAACUGUUCGCCAGUACUGGAGCCCGAAUAAAAAACGCUCGAGAGAACACUCUGGGAAUCAAUAAUAAGCCGGAGAUUUUUUGACCGGGUCAUAUGGUACAAUACAAUCAGCAAGAUCGGACCUUUAGUAUUUUAUACGUAAGUAGUAAAACCUUAAAGUCGCAUUUUAAGUGCACAGGAAGCCAGUGCAGGUGAGCCAGUAUAUGAUCAAACUUUCUUGUUCUUAUCAAAAGUCUAGCAGCCGCAUUUUGUACCAACUGUAAUCUUUUAAUGCUAGACAUAGGGAGACCCGAAAAUCGAGACGAGACGUAACGAACGCAUGAAUAAUGAUCUCAGAGUCGGCGGUGGACAAAAUAUAAUUAAUUUUAGCGAUAUUACGGAGAUGAAAGAAGGCCGUUUUAGUAAUACCCUUAAUGUGUGACUCAAAGGAGAGAGUUGGGUCGAAGAUAAUACCCAGAUUCUUUACCGAGUCGCUUUGUAUAAAUGUUUGGUUGUCAAAUAUUAAGGUGGUAUUAUUAAAUAGGUGUCGGUGUCUAGCAGGACCGAUAAUCAGCAUUUCCGUUUUCUUAACGUUGAGUUGCAAAAAGUUGCUGGACAUCCAUUGUUUAAUUUCAUUUAGACACGCCUCCAGCUGACUACAAUCUGGGGUGUUGGUCAGCUUUAAGGGCAUGUAGAGUUGGGUGUCAUCAGCAUAACAAUGAAAGCUAACACCGUAUUUGCGUAUGAUGUCCCCUAGUGGCAGCAUGUAGAUGCUGUUGAGUGCAGGGCCAAGAACCGAACCCUGGGGAAUUCCGCACAUUACCUUAACAUAGGGAGACGUACUGCAUCCUGUCAGUAAGAUAGGAUUUAAAUAGAGAUGUCCGAUAAUGGCUUUUUUGCCGAUAUCGAUAUUGUCCAACUCUUAAUUACCGAUUCCGAUAUCAACCGAUACCGAUAUAUACAGUCGUGGAAUUAACACAUUAUUGUGCCUAAUUUUGUUGUGAUGCCCCGCUGGAUGUAUUAAACAAUGUAACAAGGUUUUCCAAAAUAAAUCAACUCAAGUUAUGGAAAAAAAAUGCCAACAUGGCACUGCCAUAUUUAUUAUUGAAGUCACAAAGUGCAUUAUUUUUUUUAACAUGCCUCAAAACAGCAGCU